UAAUAAUAUUAUAUACUUUGUAUUUAUACUUUGAGUUGACGCUAAUUAAAAAUGGAUUUAGACAUAUUCUUAGCUGAACUAAAAAUACUAUUAAAGCAUCAUAAAUUUUUUGAAAAGGAUCACCAAGCAACACAAUUAUGGACCAAAGCGGAUGACACAGAAAACCAAUUAAACCAAAUCAUAGGGGACUUGGAAUCCAGGGACCGGAUAGACAUCGAGAGAUUUUGCUCUAUCAUAGAGGGGACAGUCGUGUCAGACCUACUGUCCCAAAAGCGAUACAAGUGGUUGGAGAGCCUGUGGUUUGUUAGACUCCAAGACAUGCUAUCCAUACCUAAGGCACUGUCCGAACCCAUACUAACAGUCCGAAACGCUCGACACCCGGAGUCGGGCUCAGACGUGUACCCCAUGAGCGCCCGGUGCCGGGGAUACUGUGUUAUCAUUGAUAACCAGCUCUUCCAGUCGGGAAGCCUACGGCAAAUAUUUAGGAAGGGCUCCCGGGCUGAUGCCUAUAGGCUGUCCCACGUGUUCCGGGAACUCCAUUUCCGGGUCAGACAUUUGAUGAACAAAACGGCCGAAGAAAUGAUGGACUUAUUGGAGGCGCUGAGGGAUGAUAAUGAGCUGUACUCUCACAACGCACUGGUAGUUAUCAUCCUAUCCCAUGGCAACGAGAGUGGAGUGGAGGGCACCGAUAGGAUAGCCGUCCCCAUUGAGGCCAUACUCGAGAUGUUUAAUAACAAGAAUUGUCCGAAACUCGUGGAUAAACCAAAAAUGUUUUUUAUCAGCGCCUGUAGGGGCACCACGAUUGAUCCUGGUCUAAAAUCAUUGGGAGCAACGCUAAGUGAACCAGCAGUGCCUGAUGUACCCAGGUCAAUACCUGAGUGGAGUGACAUGUUUGUCUACUUUUCCACUGUUGAGGGUUAUGUAUCGCCACGGAAUUCGUUGAGGGGCUCGUGGUUUGGCUACGAGUUGGCCCACUGUUUGGCGCAAUACUCGGCCACUGAACACCUCAACGAUUUGGUGACCAUAAAAGUGGCGCAAAAGUUACACAAUAGGGAAAGCUAUGUGGACAGCCAGAUGGUGAAACAGGCACUCGAGACUCUAUCUGUACACUCGAGACUAAUUAAACUAUUCACGGAGAAUGACCUAGCACACUUACUGAGCAAUCGCACGGAAACUGACAGCGAAAAUGUAUUACUGAUAAUCAUAGCUAACAUUGAAUCCAGAGGUCGGACAGACAUUCAGACAUUUGGUCACACUAUCCAACACUCCGGACUAAUAACCCAUGAAUUAGACCAACUUAACUCCAAAUGGAUGACCCGUCUCAGAGAUUUGAUUAAUACGAGCCGAGAGUCUAAUAAAGUAUUAGCCGUACAAAAGGCACAGAAAUUAAAAUCGUAUAAAUCGGGAGACGUAUACCCCAUGACACGUAGGGUCAGGGGUUUCUGUAUUAUCAUUAAUAACCAGGUGUUUGCGGACCCGAAGCUGUCGUUCCGGAGCGGUUCGCGAGCGGACGCCUACCGACUGUCCGAUGUGUUCAGUCAACUCGGUUUCGAUGUCCAUAUGUAUGACAAUCAGACCAGCGAUCAGAUAAAAAAGUUGUUGAUGGGCUUCAGGAAUAGGGGGACAGAGCUAUCAGCACAUGAAGCGCUGGUAGUUAUUAUACUGAGUCACGGCUGUGAGGAUGGUGUGAACGGGUCGGACGGACAGGUAGUUCCCGUGAAGACUAUUUUGGGGUAUUUUAAUAAUUACAACUGUCGUGAACUGUUCAGAAAGCCAAAAAUGUUUUUUAUCAGCGCCUGCCGGGGACGAUUAUGCACACAUAUUUCAGAUGAACUGGACCGGGGUGUUUUUGUAGAGUUUGCGGCUGAGGGUCCACAGGCAAUGGAUUAUAGCCCCCGAGAACGAGUUCCCAUAUGGAGUGAUAUGUUUGUGUAUUAUUCAGCUAUACAAGGUUAUGUAUCGCCGCGCAAUAAAACUACCGGUUCGUGGUUUGGCUACGAGUUGGCCCACUGUUUGGCGCAAUACUCGGCCACUGAACACCUCAAUGAUUUAAUGACUAUAAAAGUGGCCCAAAAGGUCGAUCACCGUAUCAGUCAAAUACAGGACAUCGGUAUCAUUAAGACCGCCAUUGAGUGCAAAACAUUAGGUGUGGUCAAGAAAAUAGUGCGCACUCUACGUAUAAUGCGCCCAUAUUAUAUGAAUCUGUUUACGGAAAACAACCCUCUGUUGUAA